AUGGAGAAGAAACCAGUGCUGGAGCGGAGGAAUCUCGGCAAAACAGGCCUCCAACUCGGCUGCAUCGGCUUUGGUGCCUCUCCCCUCGGCAACGUCUUUGGCCUCGUCUCCCCCGACGAUGCCCUAGCCGCUGUUCGCCGUGCGCUCGCACUCGGAAUCAACUUCUUUGAUACGUCCCCCUACUAUGGCGCAACUCUCUCAGAAACCGUACUCGGAAACUGCCUCCACGACCUCGCAGUCCCGCGCGAGGACAUCAUCGUCUCCACCAAAUGCGGCCGCUACGCAGACGGUUUCGAUUUCAGCGCGGAUCGCGUCACACGCAGUAUCGACGAGAGUCUUGCCAGGCUUCGGCUGGAUUACGUCGACAUUCUCCAUUGUCACGACAUCGAGUUUGGAUCGCUAGAUCAGAUCGUCAACGAGACUAUUCCAGCAUUGCAGAAGAUCAGGGCGGAAGGGAAGGCGAGAUUCAUUGGUAUCACGGGGUUGCCGCUGGGAAUUUUCACAUAUGUUCUGGAUCGCGUGCCGAUGGGAUCCGUGGAUGUAAUUCUUUCGUAUUGUCAUUAUGGUGUUAAUGAUUCUACUCUGGCGGAUUUGAUUCCUUAUUUGAAGAGCAAAGGGGUUGGAGUGAUCAGUGCUUCUCCGCUUGCAAUGGGGCUUUUGACGGAGAGCGGACCUCCGGAUUGGCACCCUGCUUCGCCGGAACUGAAGGUAUCUCCUCCU